GUCAUUAAUAUGAGGUAGCAAUUGUUUUUUUUUCUUUCUAAAAUUGUUAUUCUCAAGCCUCAUCUCAUGUAGCUAACAUUUGUUAGCUCAUACACGAUCGACAUUGAUUAAUAAGAUACAUAAAAGUGAUUCCUUUUCAACCAAUUAAUAAACUUCAAAUAACAAAUUAUACUUUGAUCCACAAAUUCAGCAAAUCAUUUUUAUUUACAAAUUAUGAUAGAAAAUCCAUAUUUAAGUGUUGAGCAGUUGAAAUAUGAUAAGUGUGUUUGUAAUCGUUUAGUAUCAUGGAAAGUAACAUACAGAUUUUAUUGAUGAUAUUGGUGUUUGUAGUGAAUGCAGAUUACACUUUUUCAGCCAAAUGUUAUGAGUGUGGAUUGUGCCCAUUUCCAUUCAAUCGUUCUUCUCCUGAAGUUAGCAUCAGAGAUCACUGUAAAUGGUGUGUGUCACUUUCAAUUGGCAGUCCACAAUUAACAUCUAAAGGAUGUGCAGAUCGGUGUGAAUCAAUAGAAUUUUUAAAGAAAUUUGUUAAUUAUAAUUAUACUUGUUGUAAUAGGAGCUAUUGUAAUGUCAGUUCAAAAACCUGCACAACUAAUAAAAUAUUGUUUUUACUUCUACUGAUAAUUUAUUUUUAUUUUAACGCUGAGAAAUAAAAAUUCAGUUGAUAAUAUAUCUGUUGACUUUUCGUCCUAUUCAGAUGAUGUUUUAUUCAUCAGUCGUAGUGAUAUUAAUAACUCUAAACAGUGAGAUAUUUUCACAUUUCUUGUUUUGUAUAUGUGGAUGUUUCGGUGGUUGAGAUAAUGAGUCAAUUGAAGCUAGACCGCCAUGGAAAACCUGGAUGCACUGUUGUCGCUCAACUUCAUGGAUUGGUUGAAGUUAGAUAUUAACACCGUUGGAUGCCGGGCCCAGUGGUCUAGUGUUUAAGCGCUCGAGCGCGAGACCGAUAGGUCCUGAGUUCGAAUCUUGCGAGGCGGGAUCGUGGAUGCACACUGCUAAGGAGUCCCACGACAGGACGAAACGGCCGUCCAGUGCUUCCAGGUUUUCCAUGGUGGUCUAGCUUCAGUUGACUCAUGAUCCCAACCAUUACUGUAAUAUCCACAGAAACCCUUCUGGUAUGUGGAUAUGGUUGUUUAUCAGACGCAUUUAAUCGUUCUAUGAAGGAUGAAUGUCAUUACAUAAACUCGCUGCUUUGAGGAAUCUCCUAAUUACAUACUAAUCAGGACUUAUUUAUUUAUUUAAACACAUAAAUAUUGGAACAAGAGGGCAUCAGAUAUAUAUGCGCCACACAAAACAAUGAGAACGGGAAGAGAAAAAAGAAGGUAAGGUGCGUAUAAGAAAAGAAAGAAAAGAACAGGAUAGUGUGAUGUA